CCCCCCCCUGGAGGGACCUGACCUGCUGAUAUCACUGCAGUGAAUCAUCUCUCAAUGUCAUGUCAGGCCUUGGUCCUGGAUGUCAGGAUACGCGUCAAACUGCUGACAUUUUGUAUGUGUGUGUAUCUUGAGUCACCUCCUGCUCAAAUGGUGACCACUGCGAACAUGCGGAUUUGGUGACACUUUUUUUUCAAACGCAAUGAGUCACCUCCUGACCAAAUGGUGACCAAUAUAAACAAACUGGUGACAUUUUCUUCUAUCGUCUUGAAUCACCUCCUGCUCAAUUAGUGAGCACUAUGAACAAGCGGAACUGGUGACCAUUUUCAUCCUCACACACUCGAGUCACCUCCUGCCCAAAUGGUGACCACCAUGAGCAGUGUCAAAUUGGUCAACAGUCACCUGCCUCACCACCUAGUCACCACCCACCUGCCUCACCUGCACUACCACCCGUCUCACCACUUCCCCGUUCUCCGGCCGGAGCAGACGAUGACCUUGGACUACAGCCUCCCGCAGCGCCACUCCGACGCCGACAGCGACUCGCCGGCCUCCCCGACGGAGUCGGAGGACCGGCACCCGCUCAACCUGUCGGAAACCCCGACGAAAAAAAACAAACGGAAGCUCAGCGAGCCCAAGAAACGGGCCGACGCCGUCGUGAAGAAACUGUGCGCUAAAACUUUGAACACCGACGAAAAAGUUAGUGUCGGUAACGAGGCGCAGAAACCUCAAAAAGGGAAAAAACUCGUCAACGGGAAUUCUAAACGGGUUUCCCCGAACUCUAAAUCAAAGUCGAAACUUCCGCGAAGAAGCUCAUCGUCCACGUCUUCUUCGGGGAGCAGCAGCGACGUCGACGGUGCCAAAGACGCUUCAGCAUCCUCUUCGACAUCCACCUCAACGCCCACCAUCCCAUCCGCCGUCCCCAGCAGUAUACCGCCGCAUUUCAUGCAUCCCUUAUUCCCGGGAUUACCCCCUUCAGCUUUAGGAUACGUGCCUGGACUGUAUUUCGGCGCUCCUCCAUUCCACCCGGGACUCCACGCCUCCUUCCCCGCCCUGCCCCUCCCUCUCCAGCACAGCUACCUCGCGGCAGCAGCAGCGGCCGCCGCGGCCCAGACCUCCUCCUCUACCUCCUCCCUCACAGCAACCACCUCAUCCUCCUCCCCGUCCAACCCAGACUCGGGAGACAACCCUAAAAGCUCAACCCCACAACGAUCUCAACCCCGGUCAACCCAACCAACCACCGUUCGCCCGACCGCGGCGUCAACCUCCACCCACCAGCCGUCCAUCCACAACGCCAGCGGUUCCCGAUCAGACGACGACGACGAUGACGCGUCUUCCUCCCGGGCCCAGUCACCAGAAGACCUCACCCUCGGGCAGAAAAUGUCGCGAAAACACCGGAAAAACUACAAAAACAUGACCAGGGAACGGCGGGUCGAGGCCAACGCCCGGGAGAGAACCCGGGUCCACACCAUCAGUGCCGCCUUCGACGCCCUGCGGCGGGCGGUCCCGUCCUACUCACAUAAUCAAAAACUCUCCAAACUAGCCAUCCUGCGUAUAGCCUGCAGCUACAUCAUGUCAUUAGCACGUCUGGCCGACCUGGACUACACGUCUGCGUCUGAGCACAUCGGGACGCCGCUGACCUUCGCGGAGUGUGUGGACAUGUGCACCAGCACCAUACAGACCGAGGGGCGGGCCAGACGACGGCACUGACCACAGUGACGUAGUAUUGACUUUCAUGGAUGAGUUAGUGAUGUUGUUUGUGUCAGGUAUUAUAAAAAAGAAUACUUAAAAACUCGUACCACGAAGUUAUGUGCAUACAUAGUCAAAGUGAUAUAUUCUGUGGAAUAUUGAUUCGCACAAUCAUUUUUAACAAAAACAAAAUCUUUGAAGGCCGGAUUUGGAGGAGAUAAAUAAGUCACUGCCGACUUUGACGGCCAAUUUGCAAAAGAAAAACAACAUUUUGGGCUGUAAAAAAUGUGUUUUUUAAAUGCAACCUAAAUACAUAUGUUAUGUAUGUAUGUGAGUUUGUGGAAUAUAAUAGUAUGUGUGUGAGUGAUAAAAAUUGAUAGAGAUGUGUUGUAAGUAUGAGUACUUAUGCAUGUUCGUGAGUAUUUCUGCAUGGUAUGAAACCAGUACUAGACUAUUUAAGCCAGGCUUUGGACUGUCCAGUUCUGAAAUAACAAAGUUCUAAAAUAAUGAUUCAUAGAGCCGGAUGCAUACUUUCCUACUUUCCCAAUCUAAUGUAUUUUUAUUGUCUUUUUGUAACAAAUUUUUACACGCUUUAUUCGUGUUAUACACCCUCACAGUCAAAAUUGUUUUACCAAAACUUUUGAAUGCCAAAAUAUUUUAAAAUUAAAUGUUACUUAAAAUGUAUUGUACCGUUUCUGAAUCAGCUGCUCCUGUU